UCAUGUUGAGGGUGUUGCAUAGGGUGCGCUUGUCUUCGUAGUUCCGACAGUUGCCUAGAAUGGAACGCUUGAAUCUCUGGUUGCAGGGGGUAGUUUCCAUGGUGUUGCAUAACGCUAGGGGUGUUUUUUUUUUGUUCGUUCGCGCCGUGGAGGAAUGGAAUUUUGGUUCGAUGACACUCGGACGUCCAGACAGGCGCCGUGGGUCGCGUCAAUAUGGCGAGGAGAUGUUUUGAAAAAUUCGAGUGGCGGCAGGAGAAAGAGAGGAAGCGUCAGCUGAUUAGCGUUGACUGUUGAUUGGGUCGUCCGAGGGGGGUGCCGGAAGUACCGGAAGAUCGUGGCGGGCCGUGGGUACGUGCGUGCGUGCUUUGUUUUGAUUGUUUUCUUUUACUUCCAUGAACCGACGACCAUCAUCAACAUCAUCAUCAACCACCACCCGUCCAUCCAGGAUAACAGAAAGCCGUUAAAUAUGUGUACGGCAUUGCCAUGGGUUCCAUCGCUUCGGUACUCCAGUGGCAGUGUAAGGAGUGUAACAUAAUCAACCCGACAGAAUCAAUCAAUUGCAUCAGAUGUGGCGGCCGCCGUUCAUCGCAGCAGGUAAACAAAAAUCUGCUGCCAUCCUUCGCCGCCGCCACCAACAACGAAGGAGACGACACCUCUGCUGAUGCUAGGACUCCGGAUUAUAUUGGUGCCAGUGACAACUGUACGGUCAUCAGGAGGAUAAGAUCUAAUCUUCAGACAACUAACAGUGUGCAUUCCUGUUCGAUUCUGAUAAAGAACUCGAUAUACAGUUCACUUUUACUGCUGGAUCCUUCGGAAGGUUUCAUCUCCAGGUGCAGAAAGUCGGCGUUGCGAAGAUCGUGUAGUGAACCGACGUUGAACGCGCUCAGGAACUGCCCCAGGUGCGAGAUCGUUCUGAGGACGGCGUCGAUAAGAUGCGCCGCAUGUGACGGCCUCACGAGGACCAUGAACACGGUGUGCAAGCUGUGCGCAUCCCUGACCCUGACCCCAGUCGAGCAGCCACUCUUCAACAAGUACUUCAACUGCGAGGAGCAGAGGAGGAUCUGCAGCUGCCAAACCACUGGCAAGGAGAAGUUCAUCUCGCUGUCGAACAUCAAGAGUUAUAGCUGUUCGGUGGCGCAGAAAGGCGGCGGCAUGCUGGACGUUCCCGGAAGCAAUGUGAGGACGACGGCCAGCGGGAUCAACCAUCAUCCGCGGGUCGGUAAUGGUCUGUGGAAGGUGAAACCGAGCGUUCCGACCACCACCUGGACAUGCCGUCGGUGCACCCUCCUCAAUAAUCCCGAUUCGGUGAUUUGCGAGGCUUGCGAGACUCCGUUUUCCCCGGACUACAACAGCAACAUCAGCCGGAGCGUUAUUAUCAAGGUGGAUAAUUGGUCGGAUAAUGAAGCGCUGAGACACCCUUCGCAGGCUUUCGGCCAGCAGAAGCCGAUGUACCGGAGAUCGUUUUCAGAGCUUCCGCAGACCCAGAAUCUGAACACUCCGAACCUGAACAGAAGAUCUUUGGGUGCAGAGAUCCUGCACGCAUUUCCGAAAUCCAGUACUUCUAUGACAGACAUCCAAGCACAAAACUCAAUACGUGAUAACCGUUUCGGUAGUUUGAAUAGAUCGGUGAGUGAUAUUAGUGGUUGUGAGGGUGGUGCGAUGGCUGAUACCGUCUACACGUACAUCGGCAUAACGGAACCGGAUAUCGACAAAGGCCACGUCUACGAGAACCAGAGCAUCGUCGACGCGCAAAAGAACAAAUACCAGUUCGAUCCUAAAAAACAUCAGGCCAUUUUGGAGGCCCUGAAGAACAGCCCGCCGAACAGCUGGAGCUUCAAGGAGCGACGAUGGACGUGUCCUCAAUGUUCUUUCGCUUACAACUCUCUGGUGGGUGACCACUGCGAGGUCUGCAGUUGCAUACGAUCACAGCCAUGCACCAUCACCGUCACCGAAGACAGGAACACGGCGAGCUCGUCGCUGUCAAUGCCUCCAAAAUGGGGCGAACCCAUAUCUCAUGUGCCUAUUGCAACCCUCGACCAAGGGCUGGAAGACGAUUUUCAAAUAUUACCAGGUGAUGACUCGACAUUGGAAGAUCAGAGAUGGACGUGCAAGAAAUGUACUCUUGUGAACAGCGGCAAGGCCAUGUCGUGCGUAGCCUGUUACGGAUCGAAAUUGAAGUCGCUGACGAUCGCAAACGAUAUGACGUUACGGAAGGGCGAGUUCUGGUCGUGCGUGAAAUGCACCUUGAAGAAUCCUCUGGGUCUGAACAGUUGUAAAGCGUGCAAAUCGGAGAAGACGUCCUGCUUGGUCGUGCCGCCUCCUGCACCGGGCUCGAGGAGUCCAUCACCCAGACAUCAAGGAAACAAGAGGAACAACGGCUCGAGAGUUCUUUACGCGAAGAUCAAUUACGCGCAGAAGGCGAAGAAUAAGACGAAAGUGAGUCUGGUGAGCGACAGAGAUCAGAGCCCGUCCAGUUCGGUUCAACUUCAACAGCAUAUCCAGAUGGUGAAGCCGUGGCAAUGCAUAACGUGCACCUUCGAAAAUAGCAGAUCUCAGGUGGUGUGCGAUAUGUGCAUGAAUAUAAGACACGACGUGCUGGAGACGCCCGAGCAGCCGAAGCUGACAUCCGAUGAAAUCGCCAACAAACAUUGGCACUAUAUAGUGAAAUACUGCAAACUGAAGAAACAGAUCUACGUGGAUGACACCUUCCCGCCGGCUCCUACCAGUCUUUACUACAAUCCUGCCGAAAACAAAGACGCGCACGUCGUCAAGUGGCGGCGCCUACGCGACAUCAAUUUUGACGAUGAUCCAGACAAAGAUCUGCCGUGGGCCGUAUUCCGCAGACCCCUACCAUCGGACAUAUCGCAGGGUGUCUUGGGGAAUUGCUGGCUGCUGAGUGCCUUAGCCGUCCUGGCUGAACGGGAGGACUUGGUGCGCGCCGUUCUCGUCACCAGAGAGCUCUGCGCCCAAGGAGUCUAUCAAGUGCGCCUCUGCAAGGACGGUCACUGGACGACCGUUCUCGUCGACGACUUCUUCCCAUGUGAUAAAAGAGGACAUCUGUUCUACUCUCAGGCAAAAAGGAAACAGCUGUGGGUGCCUCUGAUCGAAAAAGCCGUGGCGAAGAUUCACGGAUGCUACGAGGCUUUGGUAUCUGGAAGGGCGAUCGAAGGUCUUGCCACUCUAACCGGAGCUCCGUGUGAGAGUAUCCCGCUUCAAGCUUCCUCAAUUCCGGCUCCGGCUGAAGAGGAACUGGAUACCGAUCUCAUUUGGGCGCAACUUCUGUCGUCCCGACAAGCAAUGUUCCUGAUGGGUGCCUCUUGCGGUGGUGGUAACAUGAAGGUGGACGAAGCCGAGUACCAGAGAUGCGGACUGAGACCGAGGCACGCGUACUCUUUGCUGGACGUGAGGGACAUCAACGAGCACAGACUACUACAGCUGAGGAAUCCAUGGGGACAUUACGUGUGGACCGGAGAUUGGUCCGAUGAUUCAGAGCUAUGGACCGGUGAGCUGAGGAAUCAGCUGAUGCCUGAUGGGCCACAGGACGGCACCUUCUGGAUCUCCUUCAACGAUGUCCUCAAGUAUUUCGAUUGCAUCGACAUUUGCAAGGCCCGGAACGGCUGGAAUGAUGUUCGAAUGUCUGGUAUUUUACCGCCUCUGGCAUCCCAGCAGCAUCUCUCCUGCAUUCUGUUGACCGUUCUCGAACCGACCGAAGUCGAUUUCACACUCUUCCAGGAAGGACAGAGGAAGUCUGAGAAGAGUCAGAGAUCGCAAUUGGAUCUGUGCGUUGUCUUGUUCAAGGCUCGCAACGGCUCUCCUCCGAACAUCGGAGCUUUAGUUGAGCACAGCAAAAGACAGGUUCGAGGAUUUGUAGGGUGCAACAAGAUGUUGGAACCCGGUGAAUACAUCGUCGUGCCGUUAGCUUUCAAUCAUUGGCACACAGGUCUCGAAGAAUCCUCCGUGUAUCCAAGAUAUGUGUUGGCCAUCCAUUCAUCUAAGAGGGUGAUGACGGAGCAGAUGGCGCCUCCGCAACAUAUCCUCGCGGACUCGAUAAUCUCCCUGACUUUGGCGCGCGGCCAAAGGCACGAGGGCAGAGAAGGAAUGACCGCAUACUAUUUGACCAAAGGAUGGGCCGGUUUGGUUGUGAUGGUAGAGAACAGGCACGAGAACAAAUGGAUCCAUGUGAAGUGCGACUGUCAAGAAAGUUACAAUGUGGUGUCGACCCGCGGUACUUUAAAGACUGUGGAUUCGGUGCCGCCGUUGCAUCGGCAAGUGAUAAUCGUUUUAACUCAGUUGGAGGGAAGCGGUGGCUUCUCCAUAGCGCAUCGUCUGACACACAGAUUAGCCAACUCACAAGGCCUUUACGAUUGGGGCGCACCUGGAACAUCACACAAUCCUGAGCUAGACUACCAGACGAGCGGUCUUCACACGCCUAGGCUCAUCACAUGAGCCCCAACUCCCAUCCAGUGAUAUUAAUUAUACAGUUAACAAAUACAAUGAACAACAAGCAACACUAUGCGAAAAGAAGCAUAGCGUGCAAUGUUUCUGCAAUUUUAAUUAAUUAUUUUUUUCGAAUCUCUGUUCAUUUCUUUAUUGCGAUAUAUGCAUUUACGUUUUCGUCUGCACCGCAUCGACUCUGCAUUUAUUUUAUUUUAAUUUAAUUUAUUAUUUUUGUUUAACGAAAAAGACUGAUUUAUGUUUUUUUCUUCAAUGUUAUUUUUUGUUUACAGUAGUAAUUAUUUAUUUCUGUGCACGUUCAUUUCGCAGCCGAUCAGUCUGGUUAGCUAAGUGCGAAAAGCGGCGAGGAUUUCCGAAAUUUUCCCAUCACUUAGGCAAAGUCUAAGUGGCUCGCAUUAGUACAAUGGUUUGAUUGCAGAUGCAAUCAUUUUGUUUAGAAUUUUUCUUCGAUUAGUAAAAACCUCGUCGCCUUUCGCGCACUUUCUUCUAUUAUUUAUUAAUUGUAAUCUCAUCUUGUACCGUGAGAGACUGCAUGAGAGUCCGUUUACUUUUUAAUUAUUUAAUAUAUUUUUUUAUAGUUA